AUGCGAUGGGUGUACGACAAUACGGUCUUAGGAACUCGCGAGAUGUUCGGAGAAGUCCACGGUAACGUCGAUGGCGCGGUAGCAGAUAUCGACAUUGUUUGGGAGAUAAUCAAGAAGCCCGUCAAAGCUGCUGAAAGUAACCUCCAGGCUUUCGGCAGAAUCCGUUGGCACAUACAGCAGUUCCUAUAUCGGUUAAGGAAACAUAUUGGCCGCAAACCUGAGGUUAUACUAAGCAACGUCUUCGAGGGCAUCGGGGAGGUGGGCGCCAGUGAUAUAUACUGCUCCGAGGACGAGAACCCGGACUCGGACUCGGACUCGAACUCCGACGAGGACGAGGACAAGGACAAGGACAAGGACAAGGUCGACGAAAUAUUGCAAGACCUGAAGUCCCUUGAGACCUCUCUGUACGCCUUCCGCAUCUUGGGCCCAGACAUCGCCCACCUCAGGCAAGUCCGCGCGACGACCAAGCGGCUGAUGAAACGCCUAGAUUUGUUUCAGGGCCAGCAUUGGAGGGCCGUCGAAGUUAGCAUAGAGGUGCGACGCAGUUGUGACGAAGGCGAGCACAAGCAAGGUUCCGGGGUUUGA